AUGGAGAUCAAGAUCAAGUAUUCUGCUAUGCUUUUCGAAGCAACUCAGGCUCGGGGCCGCGUUCAAAACAAGAGGUAUGACGACGGCACUGUGGCAGUCGUUUUUUCCUACUCUGAAGAGGGCGACGAUACUAACCUCGACUGUAGUGACGACGAUCCAAAUCCUGCCGUUGCAUGUGACGAUAUCCCGUUCCGCAAAUGCCACCAUGGCCACGAAAACAAUAUACCUGAUAAUGUCCGGCAUGACAAGACCGAUGCUUGCAAGAAGAAUUCAGCUUACGCUGGGGAAUACCAUGACCCAUGCCAACAGAGCAUCACCAGCACGGGCCAGGAUGAAUCCUUGGCUGGUAGCUUGAGGAGGAUGAUAUAUGCCGCCUGUAAUGCGCAAAGUAAAAAGGGCAUGAACGGCUCAGAGGAUAGUCGCGGUCCGGAUCAAGGAGGACAGGAAGUUGAUAAUGACAAGGAGCCAAAGCGCAAGAAAAUGCACCGCGCAUCUCUGUACACGGCUCAGCACAAAGACGGAACGUUUUACCAUGUUCGAAUUAACUCUGAGCUUGGAGAAGAGUUUCGUAAGAUUGAUUCCCGAGCUGACAAGAAAGCAUUCGUUCUCGCCAACGGGUUUCCGAAAGGAAACCGUUGGGGAGCUGAAGGUCGUAAGAAGGCCCAACAGGAAAAGGAACUACUCGAACAAGAGUCUACUGGCGAAACACCAGAGGCUGGUCGAGUAUCAUAA